AUGAGCCGACAGUGCUACACCUCUGGCUCCAUCCUGGGAAGACGAGGCUUUUCCUCGGCAUCCGCCGUCUGCGGCCUGGGCAGGGCCAACAGCAGCUCGGCCUCCGUCUGCCAGCCCGUGGGACGGAGGUGUGGGAUCGGUGGCUUCAGCAGCCGCAGCGUCUGUGACCUGGGCAGAGGGCAAAGGAUUUCCUUCGGUGGGAGCUGCCGCAGCGGCGUCUACGGCGGUGCCGGCGUCGGGCGCUGCGGCGUCGCGUACGGCGGGGGCCGCUUUGGCACCGUUGUGGGCUUUGGGAACUGUGCGAGCUUCGGGGGCCUGAGCAGCUACAGAGGCCUGGGGGAUGGCGUGGCCAUGGGGGGCUACGGUGGUGGCAUCAGCAUUGGCCUCGGCGGAGGGAGGUCCGAGGGGAUUCGCGGCGUCAGCAUCCACCCAGAGCUCCUCAAGCCCCUGUGCGUGGGCGUGGACCCCGAGGAGUGCCAAGUGCGGACCCACGAGAAGGAGCAGAUCAAGAACCUCAACAACCAGUUCGCCUGUUUCAUCGACAAGGUGCGGCUGCUGGAGCAGCAGAACAAGGUGCUGACCACCAAGUGGGAGCUGCUGCAGCAGUAUGUGCUCCCAGCAUCCCGGAGAAACUUGGAGCCUGUGUUUGAGAACUUCAUCUGCAACCUGAGGAAGCAGCUGGAGUGUGUGAUGGAGGAGCGUGAGCGGCUGGAGAAUGAGGAGCGGUGCCUGAGGGACCUGGUUCAGGAGUUCAAGUGCAAGUACGAAGAUGAGAUCAACAAGCGCACGGCAGCGGAGAACGAGUUCGUGGUGCUCAAGAAGGAUGUGGAUUGUCUCUACCUGACCAAGGAGGAGCUGGAGGUGAGGGUGGGUCUCCUGCGGCAGCAGCUGGAGUUCCUGAAGUGCAUCUAUGCCGAGGAGAGGGCUCAGCUGGACUGUCAGCUGUGUGACACCUCUGUCAUCGUGCAAAUGGACAACAGCCGGGACCUGGACAUGGAGGGCAUCAUCAAAAGCGUGGAGUGCUGCUAUGAGGAGAUUGCCCAGAAGAGCAAGGCCGAGGUGGAGGCUUUCUACCAAACCAGGCUGGAGGAACUCCACAGCAGCCGGGGCAAGUUCUGUGAUGACCUGAGGAACAACCAGAGUGAGAUUGCCGAGCUCAACAGGAUGAUCCAGAAGCUGCAGUGUGAGUCGGACAACGUGAAGAAACAGAUCUCAGCCCUGCAGACAGCCAUCUGUGAUGCUGAGCAACGAGGAGACUGCGCCCUCAAGGAUGCCCGUCAGAAGCUGGUCGACCUGCAGACAGCUCUGCAGCAGGCCAAGGACAAGAUGGCCUGUCUGCUCAGGGACUACCAGGAGCUGCUCAAUGUCAAGCUGGCCCUGGACAUUGAGAUUGCCACGUACAGGACGCUGCUGGAGGGAGAAGAGAGCAGGAUAUGCACCGGCAACCCUGUGAGCGUAGCCGUGGUCAGCGGCGGGGGCACGGUCGGGGAGUGCCGAUCCCUGUCUGGAAUCGGAGGCAAAUGCACCGUGAAGACCGGAGGGGCCGGCGCGGGGCUGGGCAUGGUCUCGUCCUUCGGCAACGCCGGGUUCAGCACCCGGAGCGUGGAUUGCGUCCCCAAGGUCGGGGCCGGAUUCGGGGCCAGAAGCGCGGUCAGCUGCGUGGGGAGGGAAGUGCUCACCGGCGUGGACGGGGUCCAGUGCGCCGCCGGGAUGGGCAACCUGGGCAACCUGGGCAACCUGGGCAACCUGGGCAACGUGGUGUGCGCGGGGGUGGAGCAGUGCGGCCCCGGGCCCGUGCUGAUCCCCGGGCCCCCGGGGGUCUGCGGGAACAGGUUCAGCACAGCCGUGCGCGUCGUCAGGACGACCCGGUAGAGACCGGCGGGGCCCGAGACGGCGGAUUUUAUAACAAUCAGCAUUUCUGCAAUAAAACAGUAUUCCCCCUCCCUCUGACAGCCACAGGGAUCACGCAACCAUGCGCUAGGACAUCGCUCUGCCCAAACCCUUAGCCUGACAACACCCACCCUCUCCCUGGUGUCUUUCUUGGGGGAAACUUCCCCCUGCCCCCCUCAGCCG